CUUUUGGGGUGCCCGAAGUUCCGCGACCGGGAGAGGAGCUCAGGACGAGGAGAGCUUGCAGCAGAGAGCAUUGUACAUUGGCCCCCCCCCUUCGAGCUCUUGUACAUAUCAUAUCGGACAGCACUGACGUUUUGGCACUGCAAGAGAUCAAGCAACGCAUAUCAUAUAAGCACGACUGCGCUCAGCUCGACUUUCAGCUACCCUGCUCGGCUGGCCAUCCUGCUCACGACCACGACAUGAUCUUGCAUACCCAUCGUGCAGACUGACUGCUUCAUCUGGCACGCAGACGGACACAUUCCCGCAAGACCGGGCGCACUGGCCUCCCGCACCCCGCCGAGCUCAGCAGGCCAGCAGCACUUGACCCAAGAUGUCAGCGACGACCUUGUCGGCUCCCCACCCUGAUCACUACAACCGGCACAGCAUAGCAAGCGAAGGAAAUCCAUCGCUGGCGAGAGAUUCGAUGGCCGAACACGACUUUCCACCUGAUGAUCACUUGGCCAUCAGGUCAGAAGCCAGAGCAGAUAGUCGUAGUCCGUCCGUCUACUCGUCUACGUCGGACGCAUCUUCCUAUUCAGUGCACGAACUGGCACCUGUUCAGGUCAUCUCACGCACACCGGCAAGGCGCAUGUCCACGAAAGCCUCAUUCACGCGAUACGACGCUACUGCUGCUUAUCGACUCUCUGACGGAUCAGAAUCGAUCGGCUCGCCUGGCUUGAAACACAAGACGAGCUGGUCCAACUCCAUCCUGAGUGAUGACUCUGUCGAGGCAAGUCAGGACGAAGAGGAGGAUUCGAAUGGUGCCCAAGUCGUCGCGAGCGCAAAGAGAGUCACGCUGCCCGAAAGGGGUACAACGAUGAGCAGGAGGAUAUCGCUCUUGCCUGGUCUGGGAGCCAUUGCCGCUUCGGCAGACAGCCCUGUCCUGUCCAAUGAUUCACGAGAUAGUCCAAAGGCAGCAAGGGUUGUUCCCACCAUCAACGAGCCUUUCUCGCCGCCUCUAUCGGAUGCCUCGUUCUCUUUCGACGCGUACGAUCACGCAGACGAAUCUACCCUGUCGCAAUCGGACAGAGACGCCUUCAGCUUUUCGGAUAUGCCGACACAGCAACUGCUGCCAUCCCUACCUAUCGAUACGCGUCCUAAAGCGGUGCCUCAACCGGAGGAGGACGAAGACUCGCUGAGCGAGUUGGCAGGGAGCAAGAAAACAAAGGCCACCAAGAACGCAUGGAGGAGAAGCGGUGCUGUCUUCAACACAGACGACGCUCAACUCAAGCAGCUAAGCGAUAUCCCUUCGCGCACAUUUAUCAGAACUCACUCACGAUCGGGAUCAGCAGCAUCGAGCAAGUCCUCUGUCAAAGACUCGUCAUCCCCUUCUGCUUCACCUCUCGCUGCAGCAGUAGGCCAGUUCAACAAGAUCACUGCACCUUUACGUAUCAAAUCAAGAGACACAUCAUCACACAGUCUAUCAUCAUUACCGCGCUCGGGCUCCUCUUCCUCCCUCCUGUCCAAUAAGUUCGAUCUGCUAGAUAAGAAGAAAGUCAGAACGGCCUCACCUGGCAAAAUCGCUUUGCUUGGAAGCGAUUCUGAUACUCAGCCUGAGCCAGACAGAUCGAGCACGCUCGACGUGAGACCGCCGACGCUCUCGCUCGAUUUUGAAGGCUCUUCGCCUUUGUUCGAUCUGGACUUUUCGAAGAAUUUCCUCAUCGAUGCUCCCUCAGAGCCUACCGCGAGCCCUACCGAGCUUGCACGAGAAGUAGAUCCAGUCACCACAGCAGCAUCAGUAGCGCCAACUGUUCAGCCAGAGACCACUCGAGCACGCCGUUCGAGCUCACUUGCACCCUCGAUCACAUCCAGUCAGCUUCCUUUGCAGAGGUCGAGCUCAUUCGCUAGCAUACGCAAACCUGUCACGAUCAUCCCGGUAGCAGAAAAGACACCGGAAGAAGACGAAGCUGAUGAUGCUCUGCACAUUGCUUUUCCAAUGUCAAACGAGAUCAAGUCCUCGCCUUUGCCUCCUUUGCCGAACGAGACCUAUCUUAACAGAGCAACGGACAAUAUGCAAGACAAGCUGAGAGCGACGCCUUCUUGCGUCAACGGUCGCGACGCGAUCGCUGCGCCGCCUGUCGUGCUACCACUGGGCACUUCUCUGCGCUCGACGCUGCAGCCUGUUCCGCUUGGCAAGCAGAGCCGGAGACGGUCUCUUCUGCAACUCGGCAGGAAGCUCACAUCCGAGAAAAAGCCCGCUCCUGUCGAUCCGCCACCCGCACCUCCCGUGGCGUCUUUGCGCAAACGUCGAGGCUCGCUCGAUAUGCUUCGUUCGGCUAUCGGUCUCAGCGAAGCUGCAGAAGCUCGCAAUGCCGACACUUCGUCGCGACCUCCGUCACGAGCGGCAACGAUCAAUACCGACACGCUCGACGCGCGGCAAGCCAGUCCAGACAGCGAGCAUUCGCCAGUCGACGAUAGUCUGAUCAAACCGGCCGCUCAUCGCAAGUCGUCUCUGCCCGGUCGCGUCGGUAUGAACAAAGGCACCAAUUACGCCUUUCCCGAACACAGACGGACGCCCUCGAGCGUGACUUCCCACGAGAGUGCGAGCAGUAGCGCUACGUCUCGUGCAGGUACGCUGCCCAGACGAGAUCAAUCGACGCCGUCGCCCACAGCGCGCAAGCGCGGACCUGAUUCUGGCUUCGGAUCAGACUCGUCGCUCUCGGCUGCUUGGAUUGCUCUCGAAGACUCGCUGAGCACCUUCGUCAAUGGUCUACGCACUAAUAAAGCCGAUCGUAGCGAGGCCAUCAUACGUGGCCUAUUGCCCUUCUUGGCAGCUCACGAAAGCGACAAUACGACUUCAGACGUUCUGAAUGCAAGUCUAGCACGCAGACAGCGGGACAUACUCCAUGCUUGGGUGCUCCAUAUGCUGCAAGAUCUACGGAUUGGUCCUGCCAAUCGUGGCGCAUGUCUAGAAGGCAUCGCGAAAGUCAUGGAGAGUCCUUUCUUCUCCUACUUUGCGCUGUUGGACGAUCUAGCCGGUCAACGUCGAUAUGCUUCGGUGCUUGUCUCGCUGCUCGAUUUUGCUGUCGAAAAGCUCAACGAAAAGGCUGUCUACGCCAACACGCUAGCUUUCGCUGGAAGGCUGCUGGCAGUCGCAUACUUCAGGCUAGAGGACGUGGGACUCAAGCUGAUGCGAUUGCUACCGCCUCUAAAGCCUAAACACUACGAUCGCAUCGUCGCAGAGUGCCUCGUCUCGCCCGUACACGGCGAGAAAGCUUCGAUCAUCUACCCACCGCAUCUCGAUGCGUUGAUUUACAAGGAUGCGCGGUCAACAGCUGCGAUCAUCACGCCAAUGCGCGCAGUCGAAGAAGACGAAGACUGUCUAGCUCAGAAUGUGUCUUGCAAAGUCGAGAUGACGGGCAAUUGGCUCAUUCGCUGGACAGCGUCGGACUCUGAUCUACCUUUUGCUUUCUAUCGAGCAUACUAUCGCCAGCUCGCAAGUUAUAUCGCUGCAAGCCCCGCAAGCUCGUCGCAUGUCUCCUUGCGCGAUCUGCUGCGUGCGCCGGGCUUUGUUUCCGUGACGGCUUCAGUGCUCGAGAAGCUCGACGCGCUUGUACAUCGCAACAUGCGUUCCGUGACCACCCUCAGCCCGUCGGGCACUGAUUUCAGCAUGAGUGACCAUGCACAGCUGGCAAUGGGCGCAAAGCCAAAGGUGCUCGAUAUGGCUCAUCGUCGCAUCGCUACCAGUCUGCUCGAGAUUGUCAGCCAAAUCUUGCCCACAGAUGACAUCGAGCAGGAGCCAAGGUAUCCCUUUGCGGACCUUUUGAGCGUCUGGAUGCGUGCACUGACCAAGCGGACGAGUCUCUACGAUGUCAGAGGGGGCUUCCUGCUGCUUGAUCUUGUCGAGACAUUGCUCCACGCGAUAUGCACCCCCACAUCGCAGCAAGGUGGUCUCGAAGAUCAAGUCAGCGUUCGACAGCAACGUCAGGCCGGCUUGCGUUCGUUCGAUACUACCUUUGUGCUUUCCUUUGUUCGCACAAUUCUGCUCAAGGCGGACAACACUGUGUGCUUGAUGCGUACCAUCGCCUUCCUAUAUUCCUCAUUUGACAUACUGACCACUCGGCCGCAAGAUCGCGAUAUGCUCUGCGAGACCGUCUUGCUCGACGAAGACAUUUUCGAGAGGCUCUUCCUGCAUUGGAAUAUGAGCGUUCGUGGGUAUUUUAUGCGCUUGCUUGUCUGGCGUUUGAGCGGCAUCGGGACGAGUGUCCAGGACAACCCAGAUAGCGCGUCGAGCGAGCGGACACUCGCACUUUUGCGCGUUUUCAGCUUACGGCUGGAAAGCAUACGGCGCAGACACGACGAAAUCGAUCCACUAGACAAAUAUGACGAUGACGACUACUUCAGACCGAAGCGCUCUACGAUCUGCUCGACUCAAGGGGUUUCUGAGCAGCCAUGGACGGUGGACGAGAUUGCCGGCGAUGCCGACAUGGAAUUGACGUAUCGAUCUGACGAUGCGUCGGACGGCGACAGCUUCAGAGCGCGCGGUGCUAGCCGAGAGCUCAAAGACGUUCCUGGCGUAUCCCGCGUUGUGGGAUGGCUCAAGGGUAAUCUACGCAAACGAUCUACAUCUCGCACGCGACCUGGUACGCCCGUAGGCUCUCUCGAGCCAUUCAAUCUGCACAUCAUCGAAUCUUCGCCAACCUCGUCGUAUGAUAUCAUCGAGCCUCAGAGAGAUUUUGCUCAGUCUGAAGACGGCACAGCAAGCGUUGAUCAAUAUCCUUCGGAAGCAGAUGUGUCUGCUUUCGACGAUGCAAUGACGAGUCAAACCUCCGUGUCAGCCUCUGGCAGUCCGCCCGUUACGCCGAAGCCUAGGCGCGAAGCCCUGCGAAGAAGUGGCAGCGGCAACUUCUUCCGAUUCGAAUUCGAGAACGAGACGCCGGUAUCGGAUGCGUUCGAUGCCGGGAAGCUUUCGCCUGCUGCAAAGGGCGUAGCUAUCGCGCCCCGCCAGUCCAGCAUCGGAUUGCCUACGACGCCUUCGCCCAAAGAUCGUCGUCUGUCUCGCGUUGUGGUAUCGCACCGAGCGUCGCGUCGCUUUUCCAAACGAGCGUCAAUAUUGCCUUCGCCUGCCGUUGCGAUCUUUACAAAGCACGGCUCGCUCGUACCUACGAUUCCGGACGACUACACUGGAGGCUACGAUAAACGGCUGCACCAGUAUGCCAUCCGAGCUUUGCGUGAUUACGAAGAUGCUCUCAUCGAAAAUGAGACCUGGCAGAUCAGGCCAGAAGAGGAGGACAUGAUGGAAGACACGACACCCCGGCUAGGCGUUGCAUGGCCUCAGAUCUUCACAGACUGAAGCCAUUAUUCGUACCGAUCAGUGAUGUAUAGCAAGCACAGGCACGUUGUAUGUACAAUAGCACGCGUACUCACGAGUGCUGCUCCUCUGAGGACAUCACGGUAUGGCGAUAUACCAUGCAGCGAAAACGAGUGUGCGCGGCUAGACGACACUGUAGGAAAGAGGUGCAUUGAUUGCUCGAGCCGUAAGAUGCAUGUGCAUGUCCUGUCUAGGUCUGCCCUCUCUCGUCGUUCGAUGUUGGGGAAGAACUUGCUGCUGUGGCAGUCCCGACUCGCAGCGCUCGCCUCAAACUUGGCUCGCUUGAUCGAUACUCCAUCCCACCAGCGGGCGUACGAACCAUUCUAAUCUUAAGCUGAUCGUCCUGUGUUGUGACUGCGUCUGGAUCGUAUCGCUCAAUGUCGCCUGUUGCG